AUGACCGUCACACAAAGCGAUCCCGCACCUGCGGCUCCCGCCCCCACCGCCGAACCCCGACACGAAGAAUACCAAUACCUCGACUUGGUCCGCGAGAUCCUCGACGAGGGCGAACUCCGCAGCGACAGAACCGGCACCGGCACCUACUCAAUCUUCGCGCCACGCCCCCUCAAAUUCUCCCUCAACCGCGAUGGCGUGCCCAUCCUCCCGCUCCUCACCACCAAGCGUGUCUUCACAAAGGCUGUCAUAGCCGAACUCCUUUGGUUUAUCUCAGGCGACACUUCCUCGCAUACACUCUCUUCCCAGGGUGUCAAGAUCUGGGACGGCAACGGGUCGCGCGAGUUCCUCGACAAGCUCGGGCUCACGUCGCGGGCGGAGGGGGACCUGGGCCCCGUGUACGGGUUCCAGUGGCGGCACUUCGGGGCGCAGUACGUAGACAGCGCUACAGAUUACACAGGCAAGGGCGUGGACCAACUGGCGCGUAUCGUGCACACGCUGCGCACCAACCCCUUCGACCGCCGCCUCGUGCUCAGCGCCUGGAACCCUGCCGACAUGCCCAGCAUGGUUCUCCCGCCCUGCCACAUGUUUGCGCAAUUCUACGUCUCUUACCCGGGCGGCGCACGGCGGUCACACACCACCACCACCACCACCACGAACCCCGAACAAACCCCCACCCCGCCCCCCGCAAAAAGCAAAGGCCACCUCAACUGCCAGCUCUACCAACGCUCCUGCGACAUGGGCCUCGGCGUACCCUUCAACAUCGCCAGCUACGCACUCCUCACACACAUGCUGGCACACGUAUGUGACCUAGUUCCAGGGUCGCUGACCCACGUUAUGGGCGACGCACACGUGUACCUGAACCACGUCGAGGCGCUGCAGACGCAGCUGGAGCGGGAGCCGCGCCCGUUCCCAGAGCUGGAGAUCUCGGAGGAGAGGCAAGGGCGGGGGCCAGCGGAAGAAAGGAGCAUUGAUGGGUGGAAGGCGGAGGACUUUCUGAUUAAGGGGUAUAACCCGCAUAAGAUUAUUCCGAUGGAGAUGAGUGUGUAG